AUGAGUGACAAUUUAAUUCAGCCAUUAACGUGUUUAAAACUGACGGAUCCAAAAACAUUAGACAGCAAACAUCGUACACGGGGACGAAGAGGGCGACGAUUAUCGCGAAAACUGCCAAGCAAAAUCGGGCGAUUAGUGCUGAAUGAGAAGGUGAUGCCAAAUCCGGCCAGCAGCUCCACGACCGAACACGUGCGGUCAGCACCGAUCGACUCAGACAGCGAAACAACGGGACCUGCAGAUUGA